AUGAAGUAUUUCGUACCGCUCGCUCUCUCAGCGGCCUCAGUCGUCUCCGCCCUCUUCGCUGAUUCUUUAUCCCACCAAGUUCCGUUGGAGAACGACCAGUCCAUUUCGUCCGAGCGAUAUUUGAUCGAGCUGUCUCCUGGAGAGACAAAAUGGGUGUCAGAGGACGAGAAGUGGGAGUUGCUACGGGAUGGCCGCAAGUUCAUGGACAUCACUGAUAAUGGCCAUACCUUUCCCUAUGUCGAAGCCACCGCCGCUACCGUCACAUAUCCUCCCAACGCCUCCCACACCAAGGCAGUCAAGUCGUUGAGCAAGAACUUGUCCACAAAGAGUAUGCGCAAGCACCUCGAAGGAUUGACCUCGUUUCACACAAGAUAUUACAAAAGUCAAUAUGGCAUCGAUGCCGCUCAGUGGCUCUUCGACAAUAUUUAUGGUGUCGUGAAUGCGUCCGGUGCUUUCGACCACGGAGCGAGCUUGACCAAGUUUGACCAUUCCUGGGGCCAGUUUAGUAUCAUUGCGCAGUUUCCAGGAAAAACGAAUCAUACCGUGGUAAUUGGGGCGCAUCUCGACAGCAUCAACAUGUUCCUGCCAUCUAUCCUGGCGGCACCUGGAGCUGAUGACGAUGGAAGUGGGACCGUGACUAUCCUGGAGGCUCUCACAGCAUUACUACAGAGCGGUGAUAUUGUUAAAGGCAGAGCGGAAAACACAGUCGAGUUCCAUUGGUACUCGGCGGAGGAAGGAGGCCUUCUGGGAAGCCAGGCAAUCUUCAAGUCGUACCACGACAGUGGGAGGGACGUGAAGGCCAUGAUCCAACAAGACAUGACAGGCUACGUCGCACAAACUCUCGCACACGGCAAGCCAGAGUCCGUCGGGGUGAUCACCGACUUUGUGGACCCAGCGCUCACCGAGUUCAUCAAGGAAAUCAUCACCACAUACUGCGACAUCCCCUUCACGCUCACCAAGUGCGGGUAUGCAUGCUCUGACCACGCAUCCGCAAGCAAGUAUGGGUUCCCAUCUGCCUUUGUCAUCGAGUCUGAUUUUGAGUACUCGGACAAGAAGAUCCAUACCACCGAUGACCAGAUUAAAUACUUGAGUUUUGACCAUAUGCUGCAACACGCCAAAAUGACCCUUGGCUUUGCGUAUGAGGUGGCUUUUGCGAAGUUUUAG